AUGCAUAUCUGUCCGUUUGUUGCCCAAUGUGUUAAACAAUUCCCAAAAAUACCUCAUGCAGAUCGGGUAGUAGCAGAUUAUGCUUUGGCUGAAAUGGGUGAUCCUAGUGAGAUUUUGUGCGACAUGUAUGAGAUGUACAUUAGACAAGAGGAACUUUCUUGUCUAAAUGCAGGGCGGUGGGUUAAUUCAAUGCAAGCACCACCAGCUCGCGCACACUUUUUUGAGCCUUCGUUCUCGGUUGUUCUGAGCAAUCUCAAAUCUAAUGCAACCACGCAAGUCAUCCUGGAAAGAUGCGCUAUGUAUCUGGAUCCUGACACAUUGGGCCAUGAUCUUAGUUCAUGUGACAUGAUAAAUGAACAUAGCUAA